AUGUUUGUCGAAGUUGUUAAACUAACUGGUGAAAACAUUGCUCAUCAUAUUUUGAGGGCUUUGGAGAACCUUAACCUGGACAUCACAUUGUGUCGAGGUCAAGCUUAUGAUGGAGGAGCCAACAUGAGCGGUAAAAUAAAAGGUAUUCAGGCACGCAUAGCCAGCAUUCAGCCUUUAGCCUUUUUUACUCACUGCGCAAGCCAUCGACUCAAUUUAGCCAUUAGUACAGUCUGCGCCGUACCCAGCAUAAGGAAUGCAGUAGGGGUUAUCUCAAGUGUAGCAAAUUUUUUUCGUGACUCAGCUCAACGAAUACAUCUCCUCAGGGAAGAAAUGAAAGCUCAUCUGCCAAAGGAGCAACAAAAUAUAUUUAAAAAAAUCUGUGAAACUAGAUGGGUGGAGAGACAUGAAGCAGUUUUGACAUUUUUGGACAUCUUGCCGUGUCUUCCUGAAAUAUUGCAAAAAAUGUCUGAUGAAGAUCAAGGAAACAGAAGAGGUUCUACAAGUCCAUUUUCGUUGCUCCAAUCUAUAAUGUCGUCGGAAUUUCUCAUAAGCUUGGUAAUUCUCUCUGAUAUUUUGGGAAUCACGCUGCCCCUAUCCCGAUCAUUACAAGCCAUUGAAAGUGACAUAAUUUCUGCAAUGAAGCUUAUAAAAGCGACGACAGCAAGUCUGCAGUGA